GAGUUCCAUGGCGAUGGCGAUAAAGAGAUUCAAUUGAUACUAAUAAGUAAGUCGUGAAUUGGUGAGUAAACCACACGUUAGACCCUGGAGACUCAACCUCGAGCUCUGUUUGAAUGGCGGCAUUGCUGCCCUCCGCCACAUCCCUUUCUCUCCCACUCCCAUGUCGCCGCUCAAAUCCUUCAUCCUCUAUCCCUUCCCUUUCUUCUUCCUCUUCCAACUACACCACCAUUUUCCGCUGUUGCUCCUCCUUAACUCAGAUGCAUUCGCCAGAGGAUGAGCCAUCCGGUCAAGCUAAGUUCCCAAUAAUUCCCCACACCCCGCCACUUCGCCUCGCCGCAUCGGCGGUCCUUUUUCUCAGUUUCAGUAUUGGCUUCGGCAUCGGAGCUCGAUCAUCCUUCGCGGCUUCUUCCCCGCUGCCUCCUUCUCUGGCGUCAGAUAAUUACAACUUGGAAGAGGAGAAGGUAGUUCCUAGUGGGGAUGAGAAGGUGGAGGAGAAGAAAAUGGAUGAAGCGUUUGAAGAGUGGAAAUCUAAGAAGUUUGCUUUGACCGUUCCUUUGAAUGUCGUUGCUCUUCGUGACUCUAUUCCUCCUUCUUGGAUUAAGGAGUUUAUUCAAUCACAAGGGAAGAGAUUAAAAUUCACUGUGAAGUUCAAUGGAAGUCUUGAGAGUAUUUUUUCUGAAUUAUCUGUUCCUGUUGGUAAAAGCAAGGUUAAGCCUUCUUCCAUCAUGGUUGCUGAUGUUGUUAGUAUCGGUGAUUCUUGGCUCAACUUUGCAAUUAAGAAGGCUCUUAUCGAACCUAUUCAAGAUGUGGAAGACCAAGACUGGUAUAAUAAUUUAAGCACUAAAUGGAAGGUACUUCUACGCAGAAACUCUGAGGGUGAAAUAGAUCCUGAAGGUAAAAUAUGGUCUGCUCCAUAUAGAUGGGGAUGCAUGGUUAUAGCAUACAAUAAAGUUAAAUUUCGGAAGAACAACUUGGCCCCCAUGGAGGACUGGUCAGAUUUAUGGUGCCCUGAACUUCGAGGAAGGAUUUCAAUGGUUGAUUCACCUAGAGAAGUAAUUGGUGCUGUUCUUAAGUACAUGGGUGCAUCUUAUAACACAGAAAACAUAAGCUCACAAAUUCCUGGUGGCCGAGAUGCCAUACAUCAAAAUCUAACUUUGCUUGCAAAACAGGUACGUUUGUUCGAUAGUGCACACUAUCUGAAAGCAUUUGCAGUUGGGGAUGUGUGGGUAGCUGUUGGAUGGAGUAGCGAUGUUCUUCCGGUUGUUAAACGCAUGUCAAAUAUUGCAGUGGUUGUUCCCAAGUCUGGAUCAAGCUUAUGGGCUGAUUUAUGGGCAAUUCCUGCCACCUCCAGAAUCGAGACAGAGCCAAUAGGUGGAAGAGUUAGAGGACCUUCCCCAUUGUUCCACCAAUGGAUAGAAUUUUGCUUGCAAACUGCUAGAGCACUGCCUUUCAAGCAGGAGGUAGUCCCCGGUGCCUCGCCCGCUGCCAUAGAAGGUCCUGUGGUUGUUCCUAAAGAACUGUUUGAAGGUAAACCAAAGUUAGAUACGAAUCUCAUCGGCGGAGUACCCCCUUCUGACAUUUUAGAGAAAUGUGAGUUCCUCCAGCCCUUAUCAGACUCUACUUUGGCAGAUUACCGAUGGUUAGCUGCAAAUAUGCAGAAGCCCGAGCAUCGUUUGAUGGACAGAGUUCAUCAAGCUGUCUCAUCCCUUGUAAGAUUUGUUUCACAGAUCAGCUUAAAAAACUCAACUAAAAUCAGUAGUUGAAAACUUAGGCAACCAAGUGGUUUUUUUUCUUUUGUUGUACUAAGAGAUCCUAAGUUCUCCUUGUAAUAAGUCUAAGUGUUGUAGUUGUUUUGACGUCGUUUUUCUUUUUGGGUAGCAAUUUUAGAAAUAAUAAUUAAAUAUAUAGCAACAUUUUUUUAAAAAAA